AUGGGCUCCGUAGAGCGCGUGCUCACCUUUCCUGUCACACCCGAAGACAGAAAAAGACAAGAAGCGCAAAGGAAUGUGCAAGACGAUGAAGCCGGUGAUCGUCCAUUUGUGCACUACGGACCAACUAUUCGCGUGCACCCCGUGCAGUUGGGCGUGGACGGAGGACGAGCGUGGACUGCUGCAGUGGCCGUGGUCAGAGCGGAGGUCACCUCACCUGUAGCGUCGGACGUCAUGGCGCACAGCCAACCUGACAUCAGCCACAUGUACGCGCCUCCUUGUACGCACGCGCACCUCCACCCGCCCUCGUCGUACACGUGCAGCAGUGACGUGUACCAGGAAUCCGCCGAUGAGGGUUACCUGGCCGUACCCACCUGCAGCGCGGUGACCUAUCACAUGGCGCCAGCCUAUAACUCGGCGCCAAAAGCCCCGCUGGUGGGUGACUACGGCGUGGGGGGAGUCUACGCCUCACAGGCCACCUUCCCGGACCGGAAGUCAGUGGCGGCGUACGCCUUGGACUCCCUCCGUGUGGCCCCUCCGCUCACACCACUCAACACAAUCCGGAAUUUCACUCUGGGCACCCCACCGCCCACACUGCCGCCACCACCGAUGAUGACUUCCUCCGCCACCGAGGGCCAGCUGUGUGCUGCCGCCUUGCCGGCCCACCACAACCUCCCGCUCAGGCCCAUCCUGCGCCCGCGCAAGUACCCGUGCCGGCCCAGCAAGACGCCCGUGCACCAGCGGCCGUACGCGUGUCCGGCCGAGGCCUGUGAGCGGCGCUUCUCGCGCUCGGACGAGCUGAGCCGCCACCUGCGCAUCCACACGGGCCACAAGCCCUUCCAGUGCCGCAUCUGCAUGCGCGCCUUCGGCCGCAGCGACCACCUGACCACGCACGUCCGCACGCACACCGGCGAGAAGCCCUUCUCCUGCGACACCUGCGGGAGGAAGUUUGCGCGCAGCGACGAGCGGCGGCGGCACGUCAACGUCCACCUGAGGGCCAAAGACAGGAAGGGCACAGCUUGCUGA